UUCUGUGCCCCACUACUCCCCCUUUCAAAAGACAGAGAGAGAGACAGAGAUCAUCAAAAACUCAACACUGUUGUUUUCAUGGAGAAACCAACAGUUUUUCAACUGUAACAAAUGCUUCUUCCUCUGUUUUCUCAUAAACUGUGACACUCUUUGUUUUUGAGACUCCAUUUCUGUUGCCAAAGAAUCAAACUUCGCUGUUGUUAAUGUUAACCAAAUGAAUAAAGGUUUCAUCUUUUUCCUUUCUCUGCUUCUUUGCUUACAUUUUUUAUCACCGGCCGAGACGGACCAAGCUGAGAUCCAAGCAUUAACGUCUUUCAAGCUCAAUCUUAAUGACCCCCUUGGAGCUUUAAAUGGAUGGGAUCCAUCAACACCUGCAGCUCCAUGCGACUGGCGUGGAGUUGCUUGUUCCAACAACCGUGUCACCGAGCUACUACUACCUGAACUCCAACUUGGUGGUAGACUCACUGAUCGUCUCUCUGACCUCAAGUUCCUCACCAAGCUCAGCCUCCGCUCCAACGCAAUCAAUGGAAGCAUACCUUCCAGUCUUUCACAAUGCAAGCUUCUUAGAGUUGUGUUCUUGCAGUCCAACUCACUCUCCGGAAUACUACCAUCCGAGAUAAGUAAUCUCACUGAGUUGGUCACUUUAAAUUUAGCUCAAAACCAUUUAUCCGGCCGAAUACCGGGAGAUAUACCACGGAGUAUCCUGUAUCUUGAUCUUUCUUCGAACUCGUUUUUCGGAUCGAUUCCUAGAAGCAUUGCUGAUUUGUCACAGCUGCGAUUCCUUAAUCUUUCGUAUAACCAGUUCUCUGGUGAGAUUCCCACUAGCAUUGGUGAGCUUCAACAGCUUCAGUAUCUCUGGCUUGAUUAUAAUCUUUUGGAAGGGACUUUACCUUCAGCAUUAGCCAACUGCACUUCACUGAUUCAUUUUAGUGCCGAGGCCAAUGCCCUUGGUGGGGUUAUCCCAUCAGCCAUUGGAGCUCUUCCUAAGCUCCAAGUCGUUUCACUUACUCGUAACAAGCUCUCCGGAACGGUGCCGGUUUCGUUGUUCUGUAAUGCUACUGUUUAUCCGCCUUCCAUUCGCAUUCUUCGGUUGGGGUUUAAUGUUUUCAAGAAUGUUGCUGGUCCUGAGUCCGGCAAAUGUUAUAGUGUUUUACAGGAAUUAGAUCUUUCCGGGAAUGAGAUUGAUGGGGGUUUUCCUUUUUGGUUAACGCGUCUAACAUCGUUAACAAUGUUGGAUAUUUCUGGGAAUUUUUUGUCAGGUGAGAUUCCAGUUGAAAUAGGGAAUCUGCCUAGAUUGGAAGAGCUGAAACUGGCUAACAAUUCAUUAACUGGGGUUGUUCCGAUUGAGAUUAAGCAGUGUGGUUCGUUACAUGUUCUUGAUCUUGAAGGGAAUCGACUUUCGGGUGAAAUUCCUGGUUUUUUAGUUGGCAUGAUUGGUUUGAAAGUGCUCUCUCUUGGGGGUAAUCUAUUUUCCGGUUCUAUUCCACGGAGUCUUGGGAAUCUUACUCAGCUUGAAACCUUGAAUUUGGGACGUAACAACUUGAGUGGAAGCAUAGCAGAGGAGAUAAUGAGGUUGAGCAAUUUGAGUACGUUGGACUUGAGUGGAAACAAGUUUUCUGGUGAGAUUCCAGUUAGUAUCGGUAACUUGAGUCAGGUUGCUGUUCUGAAUCUGAGUGCUAACGGGUUUUCCGGGAUGAUACCGGAAAGUUUGGGCAAUUUGUUCAAGUUAACUACUCUUGAUUUAAGCAAGCAGAAACUCUCUGGUGAGUUUCCAUUUGAGCUUUCAGGUUUACCUAAUCUGCAAGUCAUUGCAUUGCAGGAAAAUAUGUUAUCUGGGGAUGUUCCUGAAGGUUUCAGUAUCUUGAUGAGCUUGCAAUAUGUGAAUCUUAGUUCCAAUUCAUUAUCUGGUCAAUUACCAGAAACUUUCGGAUUUCUUCCUUCACUGGUUGUCCUUUCAUUGUCUAAUAAUCACAUAACUGGGGUGAUCCCACCAGAGCUAGGAAACUGCACUGAGCUUGAAGUUCUCGAGCUCGGAUCAAAUUCUUUGACAGGUCAAAUUCCUGCCGAUCUCUCCCGUCUUUCAAGGUUGAAUGUGCUAGAUUUGGCUGGUAACAACUUAACAGGAGGAAUUCCAGUGGACAUCUCCAAAGACUCAUCAUUGACAGCUUUGUUACUAGAUGGUAAUCAGCUCUCGGGAAGCAUACCGGAUUCUCUGUCCCGGCUAUCCGAUCUUACUGUGCUGGAUCUUUCUUCGAAUAACUUGAGUGGAGAGAUUCCUUCUAGUUUCGGUCUUAUUUCUGGAUUGGUCUACUUAAAUGUCUCGAGAAAUGACCUAGUAGGAGAGAUUCCAGUUACUCUUGGCUCCAGAUUCAACAAUGCAUCAGCGUUUGCGGAUAAUCGAGGGCUAUGUGGAAAGCCAUUGCAUCGAAAGUGUGAGAAUGUAGCCGAAAAGAACAGGAGGAAACAGUUGAUUCUUUUGUUGGUUGCGGUAGCAUGCGCUGCUUGUUUCUUGUCAUUAUGUUGUUGCUGUUAUGUCUUUAGCCUAUUCAGAUGGCGCAAGAAACUCAAAGAAACUGCCGGGGACAAGAAACGUAGCCCUCCGAGGAAUAGUUCGGGAGCGAGCGGGGGCCGUAGCAGCUCAGAAAAUGGAGGCCCAAAGCUUGUUAUGUUCAAUGACAAGAUCACUGUGGCAGAAACAAUCGACGCAACUAAGCAAUUUGCUGAAGAGAAUGUCCUUAGCAGAACACGGUUCGGUUUAGUUUUCAAGGCUUGUUACAACGAUGGAAUGGUGCUCUCUAUCCGUCGUCUACCAGAUGGAUCACUUGCUGAAAAUAUAUUCAGGAAAGAAGCCGAAUUUGUAGGCAAAGUGAAGCACCGGAACUUAACAGUUCUUCGAGGUUAUUACGCAGGACCACCAGACUUGAGGCUCCUAGUAUACGAUUACAUGCCCAACGGCAACCUGGAAACACUCCUCCAAGAAGCAUCCCACCAAGAUGGUCAUGUCCUCAAUUGGCCAAUGCGCCACCUAAUCGCGCUAGGCAUAGCCCGUGGCUUAGCCUUUCUACACACAUCCAACAUUGUUCAUGGAGAUGUGAAGCCCCAAAACGUCCUAUUUGAUGCUGAUUUCGAAGCACAUUUGUCGGAUUUCGGCUUGGAACGUCUCAUGAUCGCAACCCUAUCAGAAACUUCCACUUCAGCAUUGGUUGGCACAUUGGGCUAUGUAUCCCCAGAAGCAGUUCUAACAGGGGAAACCACCAAAGAAUCCGAUGUCUAUAGCUUCGGCAUCGUCCUACUUGAACUAUUCACCGGAAAGAGACCAGUUAUGUUCACACAAGACGAAGACAUUGUGAAAUGGGUCAAAAAACAGCUUCAAAGAGGCCAAAUCACUGAACUUUUAGAACCAGGGUUACUUGAGCUUGACCCUGAAUCAUCAGAAUGGGAAGAGUUUCUCCUAGGAGUCAAAGUUGGGUUACUUUGCACAGCUCCAGAUCCUCUCGAUCGCCCAACCAUGCCUGAUAUCGUGUUCAUGCUCGAAGGUUGUCGUGUCAGCCCCGAUAUUCCUUCGUCUCAACCUUCACCAGCAUAAACAACACCAGAUCCGAAGCCCUUUUUUCAACUUUUCCCGUCUCAUGAAAAAACUUUAACCAUAGAAGUAGGGUGAAAUUUUUGUUGUUGAGUUAAAUUCUUGUUGUUCUUGUAUUUCAUUUUGAGUUUGUUACUUUUUGUUCUUUUCUACAACAUUUGGGGUCUAUCAAUGAAACUAGC